CUCCCAUUAAAGAUGCUCUUAGACAUCCUGUUUGUAUCCAUCUUUACCAUAGCUCGAGAGACUGGAGUAAAUUUAGUGAGGUGUGAGCGAUUUCCAGAGAAUGUGGCGACAUUGCAGGAAAGUGAGCAGCAGCACAUCUACUGCCAAACCCGACCUCUUGUUGAAGGACAACAAAUGGGACGCUCUGGUGAUUGGCGGUGGCCAUAAUGGCUUAACUGCCGCCGCAUACCUCGCUCGCUCUGGCCUCUCCGUGGCCGUCCUCGAGAGACGCCACAUUAUCGGCGGUGCUGCCGUCACCGAGGAGAUUGUUCCCGGCUUCAAAUUCUCCCGUUGUAGUUACCUUCAAAGUCUCCUCCGCCCCUGUGUCAUCAAAGAACUAGAGCUGAAGAGACACGGGUUAAAGCUAUUGAAGAGAAAUCCGUCAUCUUUCACGCCAUGUCGCGAUGGACGCUAUCUCCUGCUUGGUAGCGAUAAACAACAUAACUAUUCCGAAAUUUCUAAGUUCUCAGAACGUGAUGCCAAGACUUUUCCAAGAUACGAAAAUCAGCUGGACAAGUUUUGCGAAUUUUUGGAUCCACUUUUAGAUUCUUCUACACCUGAGACUCUUCAAGGAAAUUCAUCUUUUAAUGAUCGACUCCAUAAUAAGUUAGAAAGAUCAGCAUUUUGGUCUCACUGUCUACGACGUGCACUUACAUUGGGACAGAACGACAUGAUGAAUUUUAUGGAUCUUUUACUCUCUCCAGCAUCAAAGAUUCUAAAUAACUGGUUUGAGAGUGAUAUUCUGAAAGCAACUCUAGGAACUGAUGCAGUUAUAGGGACCACAGCAAGUGUGCAUACACCUGGAAGUGGAUAUGUCUUGCUACAUCAUGUGAUGGGGGAAACUGAUGGUGACCGUGGUAUUUGGUCAUAUGUUGAAGGAGGAAUGGGCUCAGUGUCAUCGGCCAUGGCUGAUGCUGCUAGAGAAGCUGGUGCAACUAUACUGACCAGUGCAGAGGUCUCAAAGUUGAUAGUUGACAAUACUGGUAGAGUAACUGGGGUGUUGUUGGCUGAUGGAACACCUGUCUAUUCUUCAGCAGUCUUGUCAAAUGCAACCCCUUACAAGACUUUUAUGGAUCUUGUACCAGAAGAUGUGCUUCCUGAAGAUUUCCUCCGUGCAAUAAAGCUAUCUGAUUACAGCUCUGCAACUACCAAAAUCAAUUUGGCGAUUGACAGAAUCCCACAGUUCCAGUGUUGCAAUUUAGGAUAUCCUGAUGCCGGGCCUCAACAUUGCGGCUCCAUUCACAUUGGAUGUGAGAAUUUCGAGGACAUGGCCGCUGCUGCACAGGAUUCUGGAAAUGGAUUGCCAUCUCGAAGACCUAUUAUUGAGAUGACGAUACCUUCUGUCUUUGACAAAACCAUUUCUCCUCCUGGAAAGCAUGUUGUUGGUUUAUUUAUCCAGUACACACCAUACAAUCCGUCAGAUGGAAGCUGGGAAGAUCCUACGUACAGAGAAGCAUUUGCAAAGAGAUGCUUCAGCCUAAUAGAUGAAUAUGCUCCUGGAUUCAGCUCAUCUAUUAUUGGUUACGACAUGCUUACUCCACCAGAUCUUGAAAGAGAGAUUGGCUUGACAGGAGGGAACAUAUUCCACGGUUCAAUGGGGUUAGAUUCUUUGUUUCUCAUGAGACCCGUAAAAGGAUGGUCAAAUUACAGAACUCCACUUCAAGGUUUAUAUUUGUGUGGAAGUGGGGCCCAUCCUGGCGGGGGAGUAAUGGCAGCCCCUGGACGCAAUGCUGCACAUGUGGUCAUUCAAGACUUCAAAAAUCAUUAACUCAAGCUGAUCCAGUAUCGGACCAUGUUACUUUAAUAGAAAAUGAAAACCAGCGUGCUUAUUCCCAGUUUGAGCAUCCUUAGGAUUCAGUGGUGCAUUAGGUACAGGAGGUUAAGAGGUUAUAUGGAGAACUAUGCCCCAAGCCCCUUAGUUGAGUCCAUCUCCAUCAUAAGAUGCAUUGACUAAGUUUAUGCAAUUCAUUGACAUUUUAGUGUUAUUUGUGCCACCAGCCCGAACCUGUUGGAACGAUGAUGAAUUGGUUUAUUGAAUAUUGAUGGUGUUGGCUCGGCUAAUUCCAUUGUCUCUCUUCCUUCCCUUUGUGUUUACUAAGAAUUUAUCUAUUCUCAAUUAAGUAUCCAUGACUUUUACG